AAAUUUGUUAGUUUUACCCAAUUUCAUCCGUGCAAAAAAGAAACAAAUUCUAUACCAUACACGAUUUAUGAAUAAGUAAACUCGGUCAGUGCGUUGGAAAUAUUGUUGGAAAUAUCUUGGAAAACAGACAUACCUACAUACAUAAUGUACACAUGUAAAUACAUUUGUAAUCAUGUUUGCAAUUUUUUGCAAGAGCAAUAAAAGCUUUCGCACAUCAGAAUAUCGAAUUCAGACGGUAAAAUAUUCUUUGUACUAGAGCGUGGAAUUUUAAUAUGAGUUCGAAAUAUAAGAGCAAAUCAAACGAGGACAUGGAGAAAGAAGACACUAAUCUAGUGUCACUUCCUACCCUGAUGAAGACUUUAAACAUAGCAAAUUCAGUCCAAACUGGAAAAAACAUAUUCAAUUUCAUGUCACCCUUGGAAACACUGCAGAAACAGUGUCUCGACGGGAAAGCGAAACUGGUUGAAGAUGGACUCAAGUCUUUAUCAGAAAAUGAAAUAUUCAAAGAUUUGUGUGGAAAAGCAGGUUACGAAAACUUGGAAGCUAUUGCGAAAAAUCCAUCCGAAUUUGUAAGCAAGCAUGGAUGUACCCUUGUCCAUAAAGAACUUUCUAAAGUACAACUUCACGUGGCUAAUCAAGCUUAUAAAGCUGAACUGGUUAAGACUGCGUUCAACUUGGUACAAUGUGCCGCCUGUAUUUGGGAAAUUUUUACGAUCAUCUCUUCAAUUUCUGGCAUGAAUCAAAGUACCCAAAAAGUUGGCAGGGACGUGGAAAAAUUUCAAAAAGACGUGGUCAACUGAGGUUGACCAAUAUAUCACCGAACAGGAAGAUAUGCCUGUCUCGUUUGGAAAAUGUCGGAACAAUUCACCUCAACAGAAGUUGGUUGACAAAGGACUCCAGCUUAAACUGAGAUACCAAGAUAUAUCUCAGGAAAUAUGUGAUAUCAAGGUGAUGGCAGGCAAUGCAAAAGUAAGUAUUGCCGAAAUUAAGGCAAGGGCCAAGUCGAAUGCGCAGCUAGAGCUGGAAUAACUCGUUUUGCGACGGGAACAAGUUUCCUUAGUACAACCUGGGGUACUGCCUUAAGCGUGGUGACUGUCGUUUUAGGGGUCGGCGCGGCAGCGGCGCAAUAUUGGACAUCCUGUAAAGCGGGGGAACGCUUGGAAGAAAUUGAGAAAUUGCUGGGUCGCAUUUGUGCCAUGGAGGAUAAAUUGGAAGCUGCUUAUAAAAGCUUGGAUAGCGCUUUGAAAAAAAUUCAUCCGGAUUCAUAAAAAGGUGUUUAGAAUGUUUUUAAAAUAAAUUACAUGAAUAUUUUGAUAUGCCAAGUUAUGCAUUUAAUGUACUUAUUUAC